CAAAAGCAUCGUACGUGUGUCAGAGGAUUCCCAACCACCCGUAAAGCUGCGGCCUUUCUAUCGCCGGCGAACAUCUUUUGUUCUUCACUUUUCUCUGCCCGGGCCCAACUCUUUAAUCUUGCUGGAUAUGAUCAGCCAUGGUAUAAUUUUCUGUGGUCUUGCAAAAGGAAGCGCCUUUUUGGAUUGAGGUUUAAUCCUAAUUGCAGCUUUGUGGAUAUCCGUGUUCAAAAUUUGUGGACAAAUCAUCUCGAUUGCUUUCUUGGAAAAAUCAUAUAUGUUCCGAUGGAUUUAAAAUUAAAAAGUAAAUCCUGGGCUGGGAACAUAUUCCACCAGUUUGAGUCCAUUUGUCAGGAUGUCGACGAAUUUAUGACCAAGGACACCGUUAGAUUUGUCGAGGGCCAGGUGCAAAGUGUCGGUGUAAGUGUAAAAAAGUUUUAUUCUAACGUGGUGCAAGACAUACUUCCUUCUUCUGCGGACAGCACAGAGCGUGAAUCACAACCAGAAAAUAGUGAACAGGCUGAGAUUCAGGACCAUGUGAAAUCAGAAAGAGGCAUAAAAACGGACUCCACCAUUGUUAGUGAAGAGCGAUUAUCUGAAAAUCAGAGUCCCACUGAUCCUACAAUGAUUUCAAUAUCGGAGUCUACCGAUUCCUCUGCAGACAAUGAGAUGCUUUCAGGAACAUAUGGUGAAGAUUGUAAGAGUGCAAUUCCUAUGAGGCAUGAAGAAGGUUUGUUGAUAACUAAAGAAAUGGAAAAAAUGGCUUUUUGCGAUGGAGAAGAAGAUAAGGGCUAUUCAGAUGAUCCGGAGUGUCUUUUAAAUACAUCAAGCAGUGAUUUGUUAUUUGAUGAAAACCAAAGUUUAUCUGAUCCGGGAGUAAAAGAAGGGGUUUGUGAUAUUUCGUCUAAAGAUGAGAGCUUUGAUGUUUUAAGCUCAGUCCAACCACAUGAAUGUGAAUUUGCUGAUAUUUCUUAUGAUGAAAUGGGUUCAAAUUCUUCUUCUUGUUACACCUCACCAAAAUGUUCUGACAUAUUGGACUCGUCAUCUGAGGAUUUUUUGGAGAAGGAUGAAAGUAUAGGCGCGUCUCAUGUCGAGUGUAAUGGCUCUGCUUAUAGCGUCACGAGCCCUUCUUCUAAUAGUGCAGAUUGUGGAACUAAGGCAGUGGAUGAGCUUUCAUCUUUCUUAACAUUUAAUUCAAAUGGAAACGGGGAUAAAUUUGUCGAUGGUACUGGUGACCAUAAUAUGGAAACUAUUGAUCUUUCACCUGGCUUGAAGCAUGAUGAAGCAAGAGUGAUUUUCAGUCGUAAAUUAAGCCAUGCUGGCACACAUGGAAGACGAAAUUUCAGAUAUUAUAAGAACUUACUACAUGAUGCCCUUACUUCUCGGAAGAGAUUAUCCAAGGAAUACAAGCAUUUGGGCAUAUUUUAUGGGGACAUUCAUUCAGAAUCAAGCCAGAAUUUUGAGCCGGUUCAUGUAACUUCUUCCUCAAUGAGCACACAAACAUUUAACGAGACUUCCGAUACUGAGUGGGAGCUUGUGUGAAUGUAGCAAUAAUUUUCCCAUGGUAAUCCUUUCUCCGAAAUUUUUUACCUUUCCGAGACAAUUUCAGGAAAUGUGUACUUCCGGUAAAUCAUGUCUAUAUACACAAAUGAGGCUGAAUAUGAGUUCAAAUUUCCAGUAAUAAUUGAAAAUCAAUAACUGGGAAAAUGCAGACUUGCCAGUUAUAUGGUCAUAUCACCAUUUAUAUUUUGCUGUUUAUUAAAUUUCCUUGUGUACAUUUGUC